AUGUCGCAACAAUACGGCCAGUCGGCCGGUUACUACGGCGGUGGCCCGCCUCCCCAGCAGCCGCCUUACGAUCCCAAGAACGACCAACAAUAUAACAACUACCAGCAGGGCUACCCUCCGCCGCCGCCCCAGGGAUACGACAAUGGCAGCAAUGGCUACGGGUACAAUGCGCCGCCCCACGGUUACGAUCCCGAGAAGUACACAUUCGAGCAGGCCUUCAAGGUCGACAAGCCCAAAUACAACGAUCUAUGGGCUGCUAUUCUGUUCAUCGCAGUCUUCCUUGGCUUCGCCGCCGUCUCGGGCCUGACGAUAUCGGGCUACUCCGCGACCAAGAACCUCAAUGGCGGCGGCAUCUACGACGGCGCCAACAACUUCGGCCUCAGCACACACACCAUUGUCCUCUUCGCCUUCGUCCUCGUCGUCGCCAUCGUCCUGAGCUACGCCUACGUCUGGAUCGCCCGCCUGUUCCCCAAGGCCUUUAUCUGGGUCACUGGCAUCCUCAACAUCGUCUUCGCCUUCGUCACCGCAAUCUACAUGCUCUCGCGCCGCUAUUACUCGGGCGGUAUCGUCUUCCUCAUCUUUGCCGUCUUUCUCGUCUUCGCCUUCAUCAGCUGGAUCCCUCGCAUCCCAUUCUCCGCCCUCAUGCUCAAGACCGCCAUCAAGGUGUCCAAGAAGUACGGCCACGUCUACCUCGUCUCCUUCCUCGGUGGCAUCCUGGGUGCCGCCCUCGCCGCUUGGUACUCCGUCACCCUCGUCGCCACCUACUCAAAGUACCAGCCCUCGCAGAGCAACCCGCAGUGCAGGAGCGGCCAGUGUAGCCAGGGCAAGGUCAUCGGUCUCAUCGUCUUCAUCACUUUUGCCAUGUACUGGAUCUCCGAGGUCCUCAAAAACGUCAUUCACGUCACCAUCUCGGGCGUCUACGGCUCUUGGUACUUCUGCGUCAACAACUUCCCCAAGGGCGCCACCCGCGGCGCCCUCAAGCGCUCCUUGACCCACAGCUUCGGCUCCAUCAGCUUCGGCAGCCUGAUCGUCGCCAUCAUCAACUUCCUGCGCCACCUCUGCUCCGUCGCCCGCAGCCAGGCUGCCGGAGACGGCAACAUUGUCGGCUAUGUCCUUUUCUGCAUCCUGGGCUGCCUCAUCUCCCUGCUGGAUUGGGCCGUCAGCUUCCUCAACAGAUACGCCUUUUCCCACAUUGCCCUCUACGGCAAGGCCUACAUCCCCGCCGCCAAGGACACCUGGAAGAUGAUCAAGGACCGCGGUAUUGAUGCUCUUAUUAACGAAUGCCUCAUCGGCCCCGUCCUCUCGUUCGGUGCCACCUUUAUCGGCUACGCCUGCGCCCUCCUUGCCUACCUCUACAUGGUCUUCACCAACCCCGCCUACAACCAGAGCGGCAACUACACGCCCAUCGUCGUCGCGUUUUCCUUCCUCAUCGGCCUGCAGAUUGCCAAUGUCUUCACGACGCCCAUCUCCAGCGGCAUCGAUACCAUCUUUGUUGCCUCGGCUUGGGACCCCCAGGUGUUGAUGCGCGACCACCCCCAGCUCUACGACGAGAUGGUGCGCGUGUAUCCCCACGUCCAGGAGGCCAUCCACGCCUAA